AUGAUGGAUGGUGAAGAAAGCCGUGGAGAAUACUGUGACGAUAAUGCAUCGCCUCCACCUCUUGAUAAGUAUGCAUCUGCUGGAUCGUCACCAAUAGUUCCUGGUUCCAGAUCGAGAGAUUCAACAUUGUGGACUCUACGUCUCAGGCGUCGUCCAUUUCAUACAUCUUUGCUUACUGCUGCUUCUGAGGCUGGUCCUUCAAUGAAUAAAAGAAGUUACUCAGAAGCAGAUUGGGCGAACAGACUAGCGGAAGUGCUCAGGGAUUUGCAUCCCAGUCAGCUAGUGCUGGCAAAGGAAACCAUUCAUUCAACGGUGGUCAGAAUUCUUGCGCAAGAAAUAACAUCUGAUAUAUCAUGUCUUAUGAAUCUGAUCGAAAAUCAAGAUCGCCGCGCCGCCGCUUUUGAAAGAGUUCUUAAGGAUUUGAAGAAAUUUAAAACUGAUUGUACUUAUGAUUCCACCCUUUAA